UUUAUGGUCAACUAAGAUCCGUGUGAGAGGUCCUCAGUCUCCAGUGUCAUUGGUGAAUGACCGAAGAUGUCUCACAGCAGAUUGUUUGCUAGGCUGCUUUUGCAGCACAGUGGAGUCAGACACUGCUACACAGGCACAAGAAAGAACCUGUACAUCGACAAGAACACGAAGGUCAUCUGCCAAGGUUUCACGGGGAAGCAGGGGACGUUUCACAGUCAGCAGUCUCUCGACUAUGGCUCCCAGUUAGUUGGAGGAGUUUCCCCUGGCAAGGGUGGCAAGACCCACCUUGGCCUGCCAGUUUUUAACUCUGUGAAGGAGCCUGGGGAAUGUAAGAUUGGCAUCAUGCCAGGCCACAUUCACAAGAAAGGAAGAAUCGGCAUUGUUUCUAGAUCGGGUACCCUGACAUAUGAAGCUGUGCAUCAAACUACGCAAGUAGGCCUGGGCCAGUCACUCUGUGUUGGUAUUGGCGGGGAUCCAUUUAAUGGCACAAACUUCAUAGACUGUCUGGAGGUGUUCCUGCAGGAUCCCAAGACGGAGGGCAUUAUUCUUAUUGGAGAAAUUGGAGGAAAUGCAGAGGAGAAUGCAGCAGAGUACCUGAAACAGCACAACUCUGGUGAUAAUUCAAAGCCUGUGGUAUCCUUCAUCGCUGGUCUAACUGCUCCUCCUGGCCGUAGAAUGGGCCAUGCUGGUGCCAUCAUCGCUGGCGGAAAGGGUGGAGCCAAAGAGAAGAUUGCAGCCCUCCAGUCAGCUGGAGUUGUAGUCAGCAUGUCCCCUGCUCAGUUGGGCAGCACUAUGUUCAAGGAGUUUGAGAAGAGGAAGAUGUUGUAAAUUGCGCAAGAAGGCAGCUGACCUCUUACCCCCUGCCUCGAAAUUGAGAUGAGCAGCCUGAGUCUGGAGGUGGAUAUGCCCCUACAGUGUCUGUAAACCCCGAUUAUUUCAACUACGAUACGCACACGAAGUGUUUAUAUUGUAAUUUCUGCCAUGAACUCAUACCUUGCACAUAAAUGGAAAGAAUAAAACAGUGUUUUACUGGUAUCCUAAAGAAACCAUUGUACACUAUGAAAAGCUUUAUGGAUGUUUUCCUUCUCCACACAAUGUCGGCAGCUUACGGAUCGACGCCACAGUGAUCUGUUUCGUUCUGUUCUGCUGUUCCUGCUCUAUGAUGGAUUUCAUCACUAAUUUCACUGGUUGCCCACCCGAAUAACAAACAUUUCUCAUAUCAUUUUGUCAGCUGUGUCGCCUGUACUUUCACGUGGCAUAUGUAAGAAACAGAUGUGGUCUCCUUGUAGAACGGCAUUGCUGUCCCUAGAUUUUUAGGCAUCAUUAAAGUAACUCGAGAAGUACAAAUCAUCACUUAAAUGGGGAUGCAGAAGGUGCAGGCAAUGUGGUAUAGAUACAGAAACAACUGCCAGGUGAGCAUUUAUGACAAAAGUGCUUCUCUUGCAAUGUUAAUAAAUCCCACUUCUGAAAACGCCUCAUUUGACUGCCAUUGUAAAGUCACUGCAUCUGGUUUCAGUUUUGACUCAUUCUUAAGGAGAAACGAUGAUUAGGCCAAUUGAUUAUUUUGUUCAGAGAUUAGAAGUCAAAUUUACCACAUUCAGUCAUAAAGUCGAACACUAGUAUUGACUAGUAUCAGCUUGUCAGUGCCAAUCUUUGAGGGAGAGCAGGAAUUUCUGAGAUUACAAAAUAGACUAAGCUUUUGUUUCACCUUCCAUUUUUACUCAACCUCUCUUUGUUGGAGCGUGAACUGCUCUGAGGUUUGUCGAGAGUCAGUACCACAAAUAUGUCCCUUGAAUAAAUUGUGAGCAAAGUGUCCUUUAA